UCUGGCAGGGGUUGGAACUGGGGGAGCUUUAAGGUCCCUUCCAGCCCAAACCAGUCUGGGAUUCUGAGUCUCAGACAAGGCAGAGGUGACAGAGUUUAGCACAUCAUGUGUUGUUUCUCACCUAUAGAGAUUCUUCUCUUCCUACAUACUCGAGCUUGACAUGAGCAGUGAAGUUUUGCCUCAGCGUCAGCCAACAUGGUCUGGGGUAGGAGAGCGUUCGACACAGAGCAGGCCAGGUGAGUUGAUCCUGAGGCCAAGCAGCAGCACAAGUGUAAACUUGGGUGCCUUUGUUGGGAAAAAUUACGAUGCAGACCUCAGCAUUUGAAGCUUGCAGCUGCUAAGCUUGUAUUAAGUGGCUGCAGAAUGUGCCUUGUGUAGGCUGCGUGUUUUGGUCGGGGGAGGAACAGCAGCAAGUACAUUUAACACUGCAAUUAAUAGGGGCAAGCAGCAUAUCACUAUUGCAGUUGUGCUAGAAGAAUGUGAGUAGGCAUUGUGUUGGUAUUUUUAAAGUAAAUCUUGCAUGAAGAGCAGACUAACAGUGCUGUAUUUCUGUGUGUCCGGAAGCGAGCAGUUGCAGCGAUAAAACUUGAUUAAUGUUCUUCAUCUUGAGGGUUCCUCUAGGACCUGCUAAACUUUAAAGGCUCUGUAGAUGUCUAGCUGUAAUUUCAUACCUGUGAAAUAAGAGAAGAGAAUAAUAAAUGCUGUGUUAAAUAGGGGUGCAAUACCUUCUCUAACUUUGGAUAGAAGUGGACAGGAAUCUGACCUGAUUGAGCUCUUUCCUUUAAUAAAUUAACUAUUUAAAUGAUUUCCUCAUCUCUUCAAAUUUCAGAAGCUUUUUCUGUGUACAGAAAGCAUUUGGGAGAACAGCUAAUGCUGCUCUUCUGCUUUGGGACUCCAUGUAUCUUCAGAGUACUUAUGAGGAUCCUGAAGCUUGGUUUGAACACCAUGUCAACUAUGACAGUUGUGCUGUGUAGCAAAAAUGAUGGUGUCAGCAAGAGAGAACCUUUUGAGGGCUGUUGCAACACCUGGUCUGUAGCAUUACCAGGUAGAAGAGAGUCAUAGAAUGCUGCCCUGGAAUCCCUUGCCACCACUGAGCAGUGUCGAUUCCUUCAGGGAAGGAAAAUGUGCAUUGAGGACAAACAGGCAAAGCAUCAUGGCAGAAACUUCCUUCCAAGGGUGCUGGUGAAGCUGAUGGUCCAUCUGAUGCAGGAUUGGGAUGCAGUGGUAGGCAGUGCUGAAGUUUUACCUCUGUAAUGAAUCAGAACUAGUUUUGUUGUUCAGUAGUUCUGGGAAAGAUGGCUUAUGACUGUGGUGCUUUCUUGGAAAAAUAGGUUUACCUGCAUCUCUCCUAGAAUCUCGUACCUUGGUGCAAUAAAAUGUAGGAAACCACAAGAAAAAUACUAUCCUGGGAACAUUCCUUGCUCCAGCUAUAAAUGAUUCACAUGCCAUCCUGAUUAAUGCACAUAUGUCUGGUGGGGCUGCCGUUGCUAAGGGAGAUAAGGAUGUUGCCUUUGAGUGUGUGACUGAGGAGGGAAGGGCAAAAUGCAAAAGAAAUCAGCUGUCAAAGCAGAGUGUGUCUUGGAUUUGAAAAAUACAGCUACAUUUUCAUACUUGGUAGCUUUUUCCCAAGAGCUGCGGAUAACAGUGUGGUCCUUGUGUACAAAGUCUGUAUCUUACAUCAAGUAUCCCAAAGCUUGUCAGCAGGGGAUAGCUUUCACUAAGGAUGGCCGCUACAUGGCAGUAGCAGAAAGACGUGACUGCAAGGACUUCAUUAGCAUCUUUGUGUGCAGCGACUGGCAGCUACUGAGACAUUUUGACACUGAAACACAAGAUCUAUGUGGGAUCGAAUGGGCUCCUAACAGCUGUGUCCUGGCAGCGUGGGAUACGUGCCUGGAGUAUAAAAUACUGCUGUACUCCCUCGAUGGCAGACUCCUGUCCACAUAUCGGGCAUAUGAGUGGUCCCUUGGCAUUAAAUCAGUUGCCUGGAGUCCCAGUAGUCAAUUUUUGGCAAUUGGCAGCUAUGAUGAAAAGGUGCGUAUCUUGAACCAUGUAACUUGGAAGAAGAUCACAGAGUUUGAGCAUCCAGCAACUAUUGUGAACACAAAGACUAUUGUGUAUAAAGAAGUGGAGAAAUCCCCAUCUGUUGAAACAGAGAGACUUUCUUUCCCUCCAACAAGAGCAUUGGCUAGUUCUCUCUUCAGCACACAAAGUAAAUAUGACAUUUCCGAGGUGCCACUCUCUUUGCACUGUGUCAAACCAGCUGCUGACCGGGCAAAUCCCAAAAUGGGCAUUGGGAUGUUGGCAUUCAGUCCGGAUAACUGCUUCCUGGCUACCAAAAAUGAUAACAUUCCUAACGCUGUCUGGAUUUGGGACAUUCAAAAGCUGAAGCUGUUUGUAGUCCUGGAGCAGUUGUGUGCCAUCCAGUGCUUCCGGUGGGACCCCUGCCAACCCCGCCUUGCUGUAUGCACAGGGAAUAGCAAUGUCUACUUGUGGUCCCCAGCUGGCUGCGUGUCAGUGCAGGUCCCAGUGGAAGGUGACUUCCCGAUCGUGUCUCUCUCCUGGCAUUCCAGUGGAGACUCCAUGGUGCUUCUGAGUAAGGACAACUUUUGUGUGUGUUACUUGGAAAGAGAAGAGGUAAAAUAACAACCCUUUGCAUUAAACUGCUCACAAGUUUGAGAAGGAAUGAGGACGGGGAUCAAACCCUGUUGCCCAGUGUGAAGUUCUUGUAUUUAUGGAUUAUUUAUUUGAAGGAGCUUACCCAAACUCCAGUGUGUGAAGUACUGUGAUUGCAUUUGGAUGAUGUAGCAACUUGGUGUAGAGAAUGAAGCCUGGAUUGCAAGGAAACUGUAGUACUUGAUGUAUUUAAAGUUCAAGAGAAAGUUUAUCAACUAUGAAACCUUGUUUUCUAAAGCUGUAGCUGUGUGUAUAUAAUGUAUAGCUAUUUAAAUUUUAUAAUUUCCAAUAAAUACUUUGAUAGUUACAAACUUG